AUGAUCGCUUCCGGACUGUUUGUCGACAAAAAUGUAACGGAUACCCCUGCUGUGAUGUAUAACAUUGGCAUUGGUCCUUCUGCACGGAGUCUCAUUUACUCACUCCGCCUCAAUAAUAACAAAUGUGAGCCCGGCUCACCUCGCCCCUGUUGGAAUCGGAGCCAUCAGAGACUAGCGAGCGCCGGAUCGGGGCUCGCUUGCGAGAUCAACGAGAUUGCCCUGAUCGCAAUCUUGCGGUCCCGCGACGGUCCCACGUCCUUCCAUUUCUCGGCUGGUGGGCAAUGCAUGCUAUCUUACAACAUUUGGCAUAAAACCGCCGGUGGGAAUCGAACGGACUUUCGUUGGACGGACUAUGCUCGUGAGAAAUACAAGAUCCAUGAAGAUAUCAGUCUUGCGUCAGCCAAGCGAAUUGCGUCAGGUCAGUCACGAAGAUCAUUGAUGUCCGAAAUCAGCGGUGCAAGGUGCCACAGCACCAUCCAGCCCGCGCAACUUCAGGAACAUCACACCGGUGGCGACUACGUCGCCAUGACUGCGACCCGUCGGAUAUCCAUCAAUCUCGAACGCAGAAAGCUGGCAAAGGCUCCUGUACUAGAGAGGCGGCCCGGGAGGCCGAUCAACUUUAUGAAUUGA